UCCGGCGUGUCGACCUUGGGAGCCGAGAGCUCCCCUCGAGGCGCAUAUAAAGAAGUGAACAGACGCGGCGGCCGUUGCAGAGAGAGAAAACUCCGGAACGUAGCCGCAGCGCGAACUUGGUCUCCUUUUCUCUUAGUACUUACGAACCCGAAGCAGCGGUCGGUCGACUGACAUUGGCCGCAUUCACUUCCGCGCUUCUCUUUUGACUUCGCCGCCGCGCCGUUGCUUCCGCCGCGCACCGUCUGCCGACGGAAGGGAUUGGCAGACGACAUUUAGACUGACAGACAGACGAACACGGUGACUCGACGGAGGAAAUAAUUCCAGCAGCCAUCGCCGCCACGCGAGGGAAGUGUUGGAACCAGUGAACGAACACCACGUCCAUUCGAAAGGAUUUGCCACAGGAAUCAAACGACGCUCUCACGCACCAUCAUGCCGCAUCUCAGGCCGGGAGAUGAUGAGUUCGGCGAGCACAAUGUCAUCGUGACGCGCAUUCAGCUGGAGGAUUUCCGGAAGAAGAUUCUCGAGGAGAUGGCUGCGCACCCAGAGCUGUACCACCCGAAGGACGUGCAGCGGAUCAGCGAGAACGACGACCUCUGUCGGCGAUACGUGCGCCACAAGGACCUCGACAUCCCGGCGGCGCUCACCUGGGCGAAACACUCGCUCCGCUGGAGGAAGCAGUCCGGCAUCAACGAUGCAACGGAGGAGGGUUUCCCAAUCGAGUUCUUCCACCACGGGACGCUCGUUCCAUACAACACGGACAAGUUCGGAAGCCACGUCUUGACCCUGCGCGUGAAACUGCACCGCAAGGAUUCCUCGAUGGUGGAGGAGAUGCGCAAGUAUUUCGCCUUCUUCAUGGACAAGAUCAUGUUCGAGAAGGACGCGCUCAGAGUGACCGUCGUGUUCGAUUGCACCGACGCCGGCGUCAGCAACGUGGACAUGGAACUCGUCAAAUUCGUCGUCAUGAUCUUCAAGGAACUGUACCCGUGGGCACUAGGUAAGUGCUGCCUUGAAGCCCUCCCUCUUAGGCCUCCCCUCGUGUCUGAGAAGAGAUCCUAUAGACGGGAUAAGACGACCUCGGUGCGGGGCGCGCGGUUCUAUGUAUGUAUACACACUGCCUCGGCCCUGACUCCACGUCACUGCCGCGUCCCGCGGCGCGGGCUAUCGAACUGGAAAGACGACAGAUUGCAGAUAAAGCACGGCGUCGAAGGGCGCCAUGCGACUAUAUUACGCCGCGGUGCACUAGGGAGCGGAGUAAUCUGCAAUCUUGAUGAGAAACAAUCGUAUAUAUGUAUGUAUACUGCGGGCCAUGACGUAUAUAUAGCCCGCUGUUUCCGGUAUACUAAAGCGUCGGAACGACCCAGUCGAGGAAAGACGAUAAAAGUUAAUGUGUUAAAAGAGAAGAAAGAAAGAAAGGAGGAAACCGAAAUACUGAGACAGAUAACAUGUGAUAUAACCGGUCCUUCGGAGAUCGGACGCGCGAUAGUACAUUCGUGCAGUAAAAGAAAUAAGAAAGAAAAAAAGAACAUUAGAGAAAAGAGGAACCGAAAAUAACGGCACGAUAGAGCAACAAAAAAGAGAGGUUAAGGUAGGCAGGAGGUAAGUUGAUUACGGUGGUGACGCAAAUUCGUUACCUUGGUGCGCUUACAGCUACAGUACGUUACGCUUUGCUGAGAAACUGGUGACGCUGUCUCGCUUGCCAUGUAGGUCGGACCACGAUGAGAUUAAUUUAGCUCACGAAACUUUGAAGAUACGCGGUUUGUCGCUUGUCCAAAGAUAGCAACAUUAAAAGAAAGCCUGGCGAUGUAAAAGCGCGUUCGCGCCGAGAUCGCGACUGCGACAAGUACGCGGAUAAAAUGACUAACUGCAGCGCUAUACAGAAGGACGUUGCAAGCGUCGGGUCACGGCACAUGUAUAGUCAUUGAGCGUUGAAAUGUUCACGCGUUUACUGAUUCAGCUCUUUGUUGUCCUGCAACUGUUGCGCAAAAUACAUUUUAAAGAAGAGCGGUUUGUAGGAGUUUAUCCCCUUCAGUCACAAAUUAUGAUCGACUGUCCAUAUAUGUGUGAAACAUACACAAUUUUAUGCCAAUGUGAUUGAGACUCCACUGAAAGCAAGUCAAGGUGGUAGAAUAAUUCCUUGUGCAUUUAAUGAUGAGUCAUCACAAUUACAGAGUAACUAAAUACGUGAAUAUUGUAAAGUCACUCAUGCUACUAUUCUUCAUAAAAUGAGAAGAAUCACCAGCUCGAAUUACAUGCACAAGUUAUUUAUUGGCGGCAAGCAUUUCAAAAAAAGAAAAAGAAUACUUCGAGGCUGCUACCGACAUGCCCCGCAUCAAACGUCACGUAAGACACGGUAGUGCCUUCACCAAAGCGGUAUACUCUGUAACGCUACAUAUCACUCAAAAGUAAAAUGGAAGUAAUUUAGGUUAGCGGAAUGUUCCACUAUACUCUCAACUUAAUUUUUGUGCUCUAUUCCUUGCUACCACUGCACAGAAAUGGCAAAAAUAGGUCGCGUCCGCAAAUGUGAACGCCGUGACUGAAGGGGUUGUAACAGCUGAUGUUGUCUCUGCCACAGUACACGGAAAAAAGUGUGUCUAUAACUCGACUACUUAUGAGGAUCCGUGCGGAAGUUCGCGCACGUUUUCCUU